ACAUUCCCAAAGUGAAGGCUUCAAACCAAAGACUAACGUAAGAUAAGCAAGCAAUUGAGUGAAUGGCAAAGUAAAACCAAUUGGACACACAAUGCAACAUACAAUUCACCUUGCCAAAUCCAGCACGCCAAGCAGCACAUCCCCCAACAGAACAAACGUGAUGAAGCCCCCAUAAAUCCCACCAAUCUCCUCACGAGUCUCCACACAUGAUCUCUUUCUCUACUCUCACCAACAUGAUGGCCAGCUUCUACUUCUUCUUCUUAUUUUCUCUCUUGCAACAUCUUCACUUCUUGGAACUCACCAUUGCUGCCACCGUUUUCUUAGCCCUUCAACUUUUCAUCUCAAAGAGGCACCAUGGCCUACCCAUUUGGCCAAUCCUCCGAAUGCUACCUUCCCUUCUCUCAGGCCUCAGAACCAACCUCUAUGAAUGGCUCACCCAAGUCCUCAUCCGCCAAAAUGGAACCUUCACAUUCCAUGGCCCUUGCUUCACUAGCCUCAACUGCGUCAUCACCUCAGACCCUCGCAACAUCGAGCACCUCCUCAAAACCAACUUCUCCUCCUUCCCUAAGGGAAGAUUCUUCAGGUACACGCUUCGUGACCUGCUAGGAGAUGGCAUAUUCAACUCAGACAACGAAGCAUGGCAGCGACAAAGGAAAACGGCGAGCCUCGAGUUCCACUCAGCCAAGUUCAGAAACCUAACCGCAGAGUCCCUAUUGGAGCUUGUCCACAAUAGACUCUUACCUCUACUGGAAUCAUGCGUCACCGAAUCACGCGUCAUCGACCUUCAAGAAGUGUUGCUGAGGCUAACAUUCGAUAACGUGUGCAUGAUAGCUUUCGGUGUAGACCCCGGUUGCUCGCAGCCCCACAUGCCGGAGAUUCCGUUCGCGACGGCGUUCGAGGACGCGACGGAGACCUCGAUGAGGAGGUUCGUGACCCCGGUGUGGCUGUGGAAGUUGAUGAGGCGCCUCAACGUGGGGGUGGAGAAGAGGCUGAAGGAGUCCAUAAAGAGGGUUGAUGAGUUUGCUGAGAGUGUUAUCAGGGCGAGGAAGGAGGAGCAGCGUGAAGAUGAUGAAGAGAAGUGUGACUUGUUGACGGUGUUCAUGAGGCUCAAGGAUGAGAAUGGAGAAGCUUACUCUCAUAAAUUUCUGAGGGACAUUUGUGUGAACUUCAUAUUGGCGGGGAGGGACACUUCUUCUGUGGCUUUGAGCUGGUUUUUCUGGCUUCUGCAUCAGAAUCAUCAAGUGGAGGAGAAGAUUGUGGGUGAGAUUUGUAGGGUGGUGAGCGAGAGAGAGGGGUUCAAGAAGGAAGAGAUUCAUGGUUUGGCUUUCAGGAGUGAGGAGAUAAAGAAGAUGGAUUAUCUGCAUGCUGCACUUUCGGAAGCUCUAAGGUUAUAUCCUUCUGUGCCUGUGGAUCACAAGGAGGUGAUGGAGGAUGUGACUCUGCCAAAUGGAACAGUGCUAAAGAAAGGGACAAAGGUGAUAUAUGCAAUUUAUGCAAUGGGGAGAAUGGAAAGCAUAUGGGGGAAGGAUUGCAAGGAGUUCAAGCCAGAAAGGUGGCUGAGAAAUGGAAGGUUCGUGAGUGAGUCUGCAUACAAAUUCAGUGCCUUCAAUGGAGGACCUCGCUUGUGCUUAGGCAAGGAUUUUGCAUACUAUCAGAUGAAAUAUGCUGCAGCCAGCAUCAUAUUCCGCUACCAUGUUAAGGUGGUCGAGAAUCACCAUGUGGUGCCAAAGCUUGCUUUGACCCUCUACAUGAAGCAUGGAUUGAAAGUCAACCUUCACAGGCGUGGUGUGGCAGAAAUUGAGAAGCACUUCAAUGUUUGAUUAUAUAUAUAGAGAGAGAGAGAGAGAAAUGAAUUAGUAAUAUUGUUAUGAUUUGUUUCUUGUAUGGGUGUGAUACUUGUGAGAAUGAUUUUUAUGUUUUUCAAUGAUAUGCAAGGAUGGAUGUGAGAAUUGUGUUAUGCUAAAAAAA